UUAAAAAUCAAGCAACAAACUCCAGAAAAAGCCAUGAAAGUAAAAUUGACAUACAUACCGUGCAAGUUGAACCUAAGUUAUUCUUCCCAUCGCAUUGCUACAUACAAAAUAGAUUGUUAGGUAAUGGUGCUGGUGGGAAGUCAUGUUGAUAGAAUUUUCUCUACGACAGUUUGGUAACAUAGAAGAGGUUUAUGUGUACAUGGUAUGACCAGGAGCUCCCCUUUAAAUUUAAGCAAGUAAAUAUUGACAAUAUUGUGUAACAACUAUUCAUUGUUAGUCUAAUAAUAGGGCAAAAUUGGAUCGUGUGAGUUCCUCUUGUGGAAUAAUUACUUUAUCAGUAUAAUGGAAAAUCAAGCAGUCACAAAAAAUGAUAUAGACUUGUUUUUGUCUAGUGGUAUGGAAUGAUGUCCAUUAUAUAUGUAAUUUAGGUGCAAAUAUCAGGUUGUAAAGUGCAUGUCUAGUCUAAUUUACUUUGUAUGACAUGUAGUGACAUUUGCAAGUAAUGUCCAGAUUGAACAAGACUAUAUAUAUUUGGUAUAUGCAUGUACCAAAAUGUUUUUAAAAGGGCUGGUUAUCUCAAUGAUGCUUUAAAUUAUGGUCACACUGUAGAGUGUCCUUCUUAUGAGAUGACCGGAAGCAGUGAAGCAUUCAAAUAGGGCAGGCAGGUGGAGGUCGGGAGGUGAGGAUGGGCCCAGAGGCCAUCUUCCCAUAGCAUUUGCCCUAAGUGGCCUCAGAUGGAAGUGGGCCUGCACGCAGGUGGAACCCAAGUGUAGUCAGUGCAGGGGCUGGAGGGAGCGGAGGCAGGGCGCACCCCAGGCUGGGUAGGUGAGCCAGCUGCGCCCCGGGCCAGAAGGGUAAAACCGGAAGGGUAUGCGGGCUGCACCCGGGCCGGAAAGGUGAACCAGCUGGCUUCUCUGUCAGCUUUCUCUAAACAGUACUCCGCCUACCAGCCGGGCGCCAUGAGGUUUCGGGCCAGGAUCACCAGCAAGAGUGUUCUAGAACUCUUUAUCCAGGUCAGCGGCACCGUCACAAAGCUGGCGAAGGUCUGUGUGCUCCGCGUGUGUCCGGACAGGCUGUGCUUCUGCCCCACAGGCCUUCCUGGUGAGGCCCGGCUGUGGGGUGAGGUGAAGCGGGGCGUCUUCCACCACUUCUGCAUGGAGGGUGUUUCGGAGGAGUUCAAUGAGAUCUAUCUAGAGCUGAUGUCUGAGCAUCUGGCCAGAGCCGUAAAGAAUGCGGGCAGUGCUUCAUCCCUGAAGCUCCAGCUCACCAACAAGCUUCGUCCCUGCCUCACUGUGGUGGUGGAGCUGCCGUCGUGUCCUGGCCACACCCGCGCCAUGGUCCACGAUUUGCCUGUGAAGGUGCUUCCUAGAAGGUGGUGGAAAGAGUGCACCGAGCCCCGAGUUUGGGCCUCUGAUGUGAGUGUUUAUCUGCCAUCUUUGAAGACCCUGAAGAACAUGGUGGAGAGGAUGGCAAACGUGGGCGAUCGUGUGCUGGUGGAAGCAAACCUAAAUGGCAAAAUGAACUUGAGCGUAGAAACUGAUGUAGUGACAAUUAAAAGCUAUUUUAAAAAUCUUGGAAAUCCUCCAAAGGCUGUUACGGGUGCGACUCAAGGUGAAGACCCAGAGAACAUGGUGCAAGUGAGGGUGGACAAUAGGAAGCUGCUACUAUUUUUUGAAGGACAGCAGAUAAACCCCACGGUGGCUCUAUGUAAUAUUUUGAGCAAUACUCUGCUUCAUCUUGUUUUGGUUCACGAUGGUGUCUCUCUUCAGUAUUUUAUCCCUGCUUCAUAA